GUUAAGUUUAACUCUGACUCUACGGCGUGUGUGGUGCGUGCUCUAUUGUGAAGACUAAUGAAUAUUUCGCCGGUUGAUGACAGUGAAGGAUUGUUAUUUCGUGACGUAUAACUUUUAAAUACACACACUCUCUCUCUCGAGUGGAAUAACCUUAUUGUUUAAGGGAGCUUGUGAGAUUUCGAGAACUUCACAUCAACAAGUAACGCGAAGCCGGAAAGAAGUCGACGUUGGAGCGCCGAGUUGCGGCGUGAAAUACAGUCAUGAUGACUCUACGUUAUAGUUUAUUACUGGCAGUUUUGCUAGGCUGUAUAUCUUACCGUACCGACAGUGCUCCUGCAGCCGGUACAGACUUUAAAAGAGUGUGUUAUUAUACCAACUGGAGUCAAUUCCGAUCUGGCAUUGCCACCUUCGUUCCCAGUAACAUUGACAGUAGUCUGUGUACACAUGCCAUCUACGCCUUUGCUACGAUAGAGAACGGGAGGCUAGCGUCCACUGCAUUUAAUGAUGACUCGAGUGGAGACAACCCCGGUAUGUACCAGCAGUUUAACGAGCUGAAACAGACGAACUCCAACCUGAAGACGUUAUUAGCUGUUGGAGGGAGCGGCCUUGGUGAUGCCCCAUUUCGGUCAAUCUCUAGUUCGGCUGCGUCCAGACGAAGCUUCAUAUCGGACGCGGUCACGUAUUUGCAGGACCGUGGGUUCGAUGGGCUGAGCGUGGAUUGGAGUUUCCCUAGAAAUAAAGCAAACCAUGCUGCACUUAUAAGGGUUGGAUCAUGCGAGCUUCAGCUCUGUAUAUCUGCGCAACGUUUAAGCUGGGGUAUGUACCAGCAGUUUAACGAGUUGAAACAGACGAACUCCAACCUGAAGACGUUAUUAGCUGUUGGAGGGAGCGGCCUUGGUGAUGCCCCAUUUCGGUCAAUCUCUAGUUCGGCUGCGUCCAGACGAAGCUUCAUAUCGGACGCGGUCACGUAUUUGCAGGACCGUGGGUUCGAUGGGCUGAGCGUGGAUUGGAGUUUCCCUAGAAAUAAAGCAAACCAUGCUGCACUUAUAAGGGAAUUAAAGCAAGCAUUCCAAAGCAAUAACCUACUACUCGGGGCAUCCGUAGCAGUGAAAAGGUCCGAUAUAGAUGCAGGGUAUGAUAUUCAAGAGAUUUCAAGGUAUUUAGACUUCAUCAGUCUGACAACCUUUGACUUCCACUCUUCAAGUGAGAACGCUGUGGCCCAUCACAGCCAGCUUUAUAACAGGAGUGAAGAAAAGGGCAGAGAAGCAGAGCUUAACACGGACUGGGUGGUCAAUUACUGGAUGGAGAAAGGCGCACCAGCAGAAAAACUGCUGGUAGGUGUGGCCUCGUACGGUGUGUCAUACACCCUGAGUAACAAUGCUAUUAGCUUCGGGGCACCUGCAGUUGGAGCUGGCGAGGCAGGUGAAAUGACCAACCAACCCGGGGUGCUGUCUUAUUAUGAGUUGUGUGAUAAACUUUCAAACGGUGGAUGGCGUAGAGCUUGGAGUCCGGUGGCUAAGGUGCCUGUUGCGUACAAUACAAGAGAAAGCCAGUGGGUUGGAUAUGAUGACAUGAACAGUGUUGCUUACAAGGCACAAUACAUUUGUGAUAAACGAUUAGGCGGAGCAGUGGUGUGGGCAUAUGAUUUGGAUGACUUUGGUAACUACUGCAACCAAGGAGAAUAUCCUCUUAUCCGACGCUUGAACGAAGUUUUAGAAGGAAGAAGAUCGCCUACUGAACCCUCAUUUCCAACAGUACCGCCGCCGGCGACAACAGAAAGCCCUGCAGCUACGGCAGCCUCAGGGGGCUCUGUAGGUGGGGGUUCCGCACCUGCUACAGGUCCGGCACCCAAUGCUGACGAUUUUGGGACCUUUAAUGAACCAAGCGGAGACACCCCCGUGUCAUACCCAAGUAGCGGCCCGUGCACUCCUCUGGCUUCUGCGUCUCCACCAAACCCACGUCGAGUCGUCUGCUAUUUCACUAACUGGAGUCAAUACAGGUCCGGAAAUGGGAGAUUUCUCCCUACGGAUAUUGAUCCAUCUUUAUGUACGCACAUUAUUUUUGCCUUUGCCUCCCUGAGUACCAGAGGUCAACUGAUGUCUACCGAUGAGUUUGGGGAUCUCAGAGAAACUGAAGGACUAUACCACAGAGUUGCUGUCCAGUUAAAGCAAGACCACCCCAAUGUCCGGUUUAAGGUCCUCCUUGGUCUUGGUGGAUGGACAAUGGGCAGUGCCUCUUUCAGUAGGAUGGUGUCUACGCGAUCUAAUAGGGCAAGGUUUAUUGAACAUGCUGUACAGUACCUCAGAAACUAUUCAUUUGAUGGCUUAGAUAUGGAUUGGGAAUAUCCGGCCUCAAGGUCCGGUAGUUCCCCACAGGAUAGACCCAGAUAUACCAUGCUGUUAUCGGAGAUCAAAGAAGCUUUUGAUAGAGAAGCUCGCAGGAGUUCUGGCGAUGGUCUGAUACUUUCUGCCUCAGUCGCCCAGCACAAGAGAUACAUAGAUCCCGGCUAUGAGAUUUGUCACAUGGGAAGAAUCCUCGAUUUUGUCACAGUUCUCAGCUUUGAUUUCCACAAUGCACGAAACGGAAUAACGGGAUUUAACAGUCCCUUGUACCAGAGAUGUGACGAACAAUACACGCGGUACAAAGACUUCAACGUGGAUUGGGCAGUGAACUAUUGGCUGGACGGUGGCAUACCGGCGCACAAGUUAAACCUUGGAAUAGCCAUGUUUGGCGAGACUUUCACGCUGCGAGACCCGAGCAACGUGGAACCUGGAGCACCUGCUUCUGGCGCAGGUGACGCAGGACCUAUCUCGGGAGAGGCAGGUUUUAUGGCAUACUAUGAGAUUUGCGACAAACUUCUCUCGGGUUCAUGGACCCGUGUGUUCCACGACCAAUCUCAGGCACCAUACAUGUACAGUGGGGACCAAUGGAUCAGUUAUGACGAUAUCACCAGUAUAGAAAUAAAGAUUUGCGACAAACUUCUCUCGGGUUCAUGGACCCGUGUGUUCCACGACCAAUCUCAGGCACCAUACAUGUACAGUGGGGACCAAUGGAUCAGUUAUGACGAUAUCACCAGUAUAGAAAUAAAGGCGAAAUACAUAAUUGAAAAGGGACUCGGAGGAGCGAUGAUAUGGGCCUUGGACCUUGACGACUUCUCAAACUUAUGCGGGGAUGGGCCGUACCCACUUCUGACCAAGAUCAACUCUGUAUUUUUGGUCCCAAGCUCUGCCGGCCCUCUUCCACCACCCCCCGUUUGUCCUUCAACCACAACCUCCACGACGACCACAACGCCUGCGCCGCCUCCUCCUGUCGCUGUUGAUUCGGGGGCUGGCCAGACCGGAGGAGUAUUACUUAUCAAUAGUGGGCAAGGUGCUCUUUCUGCGGGAACUGAUUCUGGAGCUGUGCGAACAGAACCUCCAUUCACAUGUAACGGCAGAGGGCCUGGAAUCUAUGCAGACCCAUUCAGUUGCAACAGCUUCUAUAUCUGUGACACUGGUUUCCAGCAACUUAUAUCUUGCGAGCGUGAUUUAGUUUUCCACGCAGAUCAAGGCAUUUGUGGUUCUUCAGAUGGAUUUACGUGUAAUCCUGCAUCCUUACUUACAACUACCACCACAACUACCACCGUCAGACCACCACCUCCACCGCCUUCCACCAGGGCACCGGUCGUAGUUAUCCUUCAACCAGCCACUGCAACUAGAACCACAAGACCACCACCACCACCACCGCCUCCUACCACCAGAGCACCGCAAAUAAUCAUCUUUCAACCAGCCGCUACCACGCCCAGACCGAGAACCACAACCACCAGACCUAGAACCACAACCACCAGGCCGACAACCACCACAACAAGACGGACAACUACAACCACCAGACCAACGACCACCACGACUACAGAACCGCCCCCUACAGCGUAUCCGUUUACAUGCGAGGGCAAAGGACCAGGAUCCUAUGCAGAUCCUUUUGAUUGUUCUUACUUUUAUACGUGUUCUGGUGGUCGGGCUACAAGAGUACCUUGUCAGUUUGGAUUGUUGUUCAACCCACGUCGUCGUUCUUGUGACUGGGCAAGGAAUGUUAACUGUAGACCAGCAGUGUUGGUGACCAGACCAACAACAACUACAAUUUCAACCACAACUACAACGACAACGAGACCACCACCUACUUCUAGACGCACUCGCCCUCCUUUUAACACAUUCAGAAACCCCCGACCCCAACUAACACAAACAUCGAGACAACCAGCACAGCGCCAACCAAUACAAAUCCAACCAACCCCACAAAGAACAACAAUCCCUACAACCACUGGUCCACCACCAACAGCAUAUCCUUUCACGUGCGAUGGAAGAGGUUCUGGUACCUAUGCCGAUCCUUUUGAUUGCGAACAUUUUUAUAUUUGCACCGGUGGUAGAGCAAGACGAAUUUCUUGCCAACCUGGACUGCUUUUCAGUCCAAGCCUCGGUUCCUGCGAUUGGCCAGGAAAUGUACAAUGUAGACCAGCCAUUCUGGUCACAAGACCUACCACACCUACCACAACUACUACCACAACCACCACUACAACCACUCCCCCAGUACCUACAACAAGUAGGGUGACACAACCAACAACUACUACUAGGUCGACAACACCUACUACUACAACUACCACAACGACAGGUCCGCCACCUACAGCCUAUCCGUUUACAUGUCUUGGUAGAAGGCCAGGAUCGUAUGCCGAUCCUUUUGAUUGUUCCUACUUCUAUGUUUGCUCUGGUGGUCGGGCACGGCGACUGUCAUGUCAAAGUGGAUUAAUGUUUGACCCGAGACGCCGAACUUGUGAUUGGGCGAGGAACGUUAACUGUAGACCUGCAAUUUUGGUUACACGGCCCACUACUACCACUAUUCCCACUACUACAUCCGCAGAUAAUCAAUUCACGUUAAGACAAACGUCUCCGUCACUUCAAGUCAUUCCUUCCAGGGUCAAUCCGAGGAUUGAUUCACUCCAACCAAUCAACCAACCCCCUUCUCUACCGCAACCAACCAGGCCUCCACCACAAACCCUAAUACCACAACCAACACAACCGCCACAACCAACAACUUCGACUACAACCGGUCCGCCACCAACAGCCUAUCCGUUUACAUGUGAAGGCAAAGGACCAGGAUCCUAUGCAGAUCCAUUCGAUUGUUCAUUCUUUUAUACGUGUUCUGGUGGCCGGGCUUCAAGAGUACCUUGUCAGUUUGGAUUGUUGUUCAACCCACGUCGUCGUUCUUGUGACUGGGCAAGGAAUGUUAACUGUAGACCAGCAGUGUUGGUGACCAGACCAACUACAACUACGACCACAACAACAACGACAACUACAAUUGCACCAUCGACGACUCGGUCUCCCGAGAGACGCACACCUCCCCCACUGGUUCAACCUGUUCCAAACAGUAACACAUUUAGUAAUCUUCAGCCCCAACCGACAUUUCUUCCUCAACCAUCACAACCACAACUAACCCCACCAGCCCAACCCACACGACCACCACAAACAACCACACGGCCCCCACCAACAACUCCUACUACAACUCUCCCGCCGCCUACAGCCUAUCCGUUUACAUGUGAGGGCAAAGGACCAGGAUCCUAUGCAGAUCCAUUCGAUUGUUCCUUCUUUUAUACAUGUUCUGGUGGUCGGGCUUCAAGAAUACCUUGUCAGUUUGGAUUGUUGUUCAACCCACGUCGUCGUUCUUGUGACUGGGCAAGGAAUGUUAACUGUAGACCAGCAGUGUUGGUGACCAGACCAACAACAACUACGACUACAACAACAACGACAACUACAGUUGCACCAUCGACGCCUCGGUCUCCCGAAAUACGCAUACUUCCUCAACUGGUUCAGCCUGUACCUAAUAGUAGUACAUUAAAUGAACUCCAGCCUCAACCGACAAUUCUUUCUCAACCAUCACAACCACAACCAACUCCAGCAGCCCAACCCACAUCACCACCUCAACCAACCACACUGCCCCCACCCACAACUCCGACUACCACUCUCCCGCCGCCUACAGCCUAUCCGUUUACGUGCGAGGGCAAAGGACCAGGAUCCUAUGCAGAUCCUUUUGAUUGUUCCUUCUUUUAUACGUGUUCUGGUGGUCGGGCUACAAGAAUACCUUGUCAGUUUGGAUUGUUGUUCAACCCACGUCGUCGUUCUUGUGACUGGGCAAGGAAUGUUAACUGUAGACCAGCAGUGUUGGUGACCAGGCCAACUACAACUACGACCACAACAACAACUCAACCAACAACUCGACCAACAACUACUAACACCCAACGACAAAACGUUCCUCUCCAACCUACACCGCCACUGAUACCGACACUAUCUCCUCGAGAAACCAUCCCGCCUCAACCGCCACUACAACAAACUCCCCAACCCCCAUCAACAACCACAACCAACCCAACCACUACAACUACCGACCCACCGCCAACAGCUUUGCCAUUCACGUGCCAGGGCAAACCAUCAGGAUUUUUCGCGGAUCCAUUUGACUGUUCAGCCUUUUACAUUUGUAACGGCGGCCAGGAAAGACGUGUUCAGUGCCAGGGAACUCUGCUGUACAACCCAAAUAUCCAGUCUUGCGACUGGCCAGCCAGGGUCCAAUGUAGGCCAGCUGUUUUGGUCACUCCAGCACCAACCCCCGCUCCGACCACUAGGCCCCCACCGCCUCCACAACCAACAGCGCCACCUGCAGGACCUACAUUUUCCUGUGCCGGAAGACGUGGCACCUUCGCCGACCCAGCAGACUGUUCCUAUUUCUACGUCUGUGCAGGAUCUCUAGAACAACGCAUACAGUGUGUUGAUGGGAGACUUUAUAAUACGGUCACUGGGUCCUGUGAUCUGCCCAACAUAGUGGACUGUAGCCUUAACCUAGCUACUGCUGUCACAACCCGUCGUGUGCCGGUAACAACAAGGAGACCGAGGACAACUACAAGGAGACCUACAACAACUACAAGGGAAACGACAACAACUAGUCGUACUACAACCACUACAACUAGAGGACCUCUUCCCACUACCACGACAGCAGCACCAUCACAGUCGCCUUGUGCUGGCUGGUCUGGUACUCUUCCCGACCCUAACAGCUGCUCAGGCUAUAUCCUAUGUGAUGGCCCAGUACCCCAGCACUUUCAGUGUCCAGAAGGGAGAUUGUAUAACUUCAUAAUAGGAACUUGCGAUCUGCCUGAAUACGUGGACUGUCCCAUCGGGUCAUCCACUACAUCUACAACGGCGGCAACUUACAAAGAGCUCUCUCUCGUUGAAAGAACUUUGCCGACUGUACCUUCCACUCAACCAAAUGAUUCAUAUUUAAUCAUACCAAGGGCAUCAGCAACCACAACUACAACACCGCGUCCAACCACCACGACUACCAUCCCUCCUGCUCCUACAGUUCCUCCGUUCACUUGCAACAACAGAGCAAGUGGAACUUACGCUGAUCCUUUCGAUUGCACAGCUUUCUACAUAUGUUCUGGUGCAAAUGAACUGCGCAUUCCUUGCUCGGGGAAUCUGCGAUUUAACCCCCGUUUAGGAGGCUGUGAUUCUCCGGCUAACGUCGGCUGUGUAGAAGUGACGACGCCACCCCCAACUCUGCCGCCAACUACCACCCGGCCGCCUCCAACUACAACUACCACGAGAGCAACUACUACUACUACAAGGGCAACAACAACAACAACAACCAGGAGACCGACCACACAGAGACCUACGACAACAGUGCCCCCUACCCCUGCAAGACCAACAGCAUUACCAUUUACUUGUAACAACAGGGCAAGUGGAACAUACCCCGAUCCAUUCGAUUGCAGGGCUUUCUACAUUUGCUCUGGGGGCAGAGAGAUACGCAUUCCUUGUUCGGGAUCUUUCCGUUACAACCCCCGCAUCGGGAGCUGUGAUCUGGCGCGCAAUACCGACUGUGUAGAAGCUAUUCUUGUUUCACCUACCACCACCACCCGAGCACCUACUACCACCACCCGAGCAACUACUACAACCACCCGACCACCAACUACUACUACUACCACCCCUGCACCAACUACCACACGGGCACCAACCACACAAAGGCCUACAACUCCAGUGCCUACAGCGGCACCAUUCAGCUGCAUUGGAAGAGCAAGUGGGACAUACCCAGAUCCCUUUGACUGCUCGGCAUUUUACAUAUGUUCUGGACGACGUGAACUUCGAAUCCCUUGUUCAGGAGGUUUGCGCUACAAUCCAAGAAUUGGGGGCUGUGAUUCCCCGCAGAAUGUAAACUGCGUAGAAGCUGCGACAUUGCCACCAACACGUCCUACAACAACCACUAGGAGACCAACGACCACCAGGAGACCUACGACCACUAGGCGACCAACGACCACCAGGCGACCUACAACCACGAGGCGACCGACCACCACCAGACCCACAACGACUGCCGCAGCACCCUCAGUUGCAGCAUUUAGUUGUAACAACAGACCAAGCGGAACCUACGCUGAUCCAUUCGAUUGUACUGCUUUCUACAUUUGUUCUGGCUCACGCCAACUACGCAUCCCUUGCACUGGAAACUUGAGGUACAAUCCUCGUGUCGAGAGCUGCGACUCUCCGCAGAAUGUCAACUGUGUGGAGAUAACGACACUGCCUCCAACCUUCCCUCCAGUCACCACUCGAGCACCAACAACUACCACCAGGGCAACUACUACCACGCCGGCACCGACUACAACCCAGGCGCCAACAACACGAAGAAGGACAACAACAGCUAGGCCACCUCCAGCAGCUGCUGCAUUUAGUUGCAACAACAGGGCUAGUGGUACUUAUGCCGACCCGUUUGAUUGUUCGGCCUUUUAUAUUUGCUCCGGUGGCAGAGCGCUUCGUAUCCCAUGUUCGGGAAAUCUGCAAUACAAUGCUCGUCUCGGAAGUUGUGAUUCACCAGGCAAUGCAAACUGCGUGGUAACAGCCCUCCGAACGACACCAGCGCCGAGAACAACAAGAAGACCAACGACCAGGGCACCAGUUACCACUCGGGCACCGACCACCACAAGAGCACCAGUUACCACUCGGGCGCCGGUUACUGCCGCACCCCAAGCUACACAAUUCACUUGCACGGACAGAGCCAAUGGACUUUACGCCGAUCCGACGGAUUGUGCUGCUUUCUUCAUAUGUUCUGGAGGGAGUACGCUUCGCAUUCCUUGCACUGGAACCUUGCUGUACAACCCCAGUAUUGAGAGCUGCGAUGCCCCAACUAAUGUCAACUGUGCUGGUGCUGUCGCUGCACCUACAAAUCGACCGCCAACUGCACCUGUCACCAAUCCUCCAGCCACGGCUCCCCCGACAACAGUCCAGACAUCGCCAAGGAACAGUGGAGAGACAAUCAGUCCAGCAGAAUUUUGUUCAAGUCGGUCUUCAGGCAGGUAUGCAGAUCCCGCUGAUUGUACCUUCUUCUACACGUGCUCGCGUGGCACAGGGCGAAGAAGCCGCUGCGUCGGCGUGCUCAAGUUUAAUGCCAAUAUAGGAGCGUGUGACUGGCCGCGUAAUGUCAACUGUUGAGGUGAAAAAAGACAUCAGCGCCAUUAAAAAUCUAAAGUGAUGCGAGGAUCGACAUAAGAAUAAUAUAUACAUGUAGAUGAAAGACACUUGCGGGACAAGUUGAAGGUUUAGAGCGCAUUCAUCUUCAUCCUUGGAGAAAGACUCAUUAAAGAUAACCAGCGCGACUUGACAUAAAGAAGGGUCACAGUUAUUUCUCUGUCCUUCGUGGUGAUGAACUCAAAUGUGCGUUAAUGUACCGCAGAAUCCGAAUGUAAAUUGAGGUGAAAGCAUCUGUUCAGUUGUUUAAU